AUGCGUUCUAGCGUCCUUACUCCAUUGGCUGUCGCAGGUUGGGUCCUGACGUCGGCCGUGUCAAUUGUCUCAGGGGGUCCUACUUCGCCGUUCGAUCUCUUCCCUAGAACCCCUGCAGCAGGCAUCGACGUAAAGACGCUGGCGCCGAAGCUGUCCGCCAAUGCCAAGAUCUACCUUCCAGGCACGAAGGAGUUUGCUACAUACACGACACGGUGGUCCAACCUAGAAGCUCCGACGCCGAACAUCGUAGUCGCCCCAGGAACUGAGAAGGAUGUUCAAAAAAUCGUCAAGUUUGCAAAUGAGCAUGACAUUCCUUUCCUCGCCUACAACGGCCAUCAUGGAACCCUUACAACCUUGGGCAAGAUGGACUAUGGUAUCGAGAUUUACAUGCCUCAAUUGAAUUUCAUCUCCAUCGCCAAGGACGGAAAGUCGGUGACUGUAGGUGGGGGCGUCAAUUCAAAGAACAUGAUCGAUGCUCUUUGGACUGCCGGGAAGCAGACUGUCACUGGGGCAUGCGAAUGCGUCAGCUACUUGGGUCCGGCUCUCGGCGGCGGUCACGGAUGGCUUCAGGGUCGCCAUGGACUAAUCACUGAUCAGAUUGAGUCCAUGAACGUGGUACUCGCGAAUGGAGAGUUGAAGACGAUCAACAGCAAGUCAGACUUGUGGUGGGGUAUGCAAGGCGCUGGCCACAAUUUCGGGAUUGUCACGUCUGCCACUACCAAAGUCUACAACAUCGAGCAUUCAGACUGGGCAAUCGAAACCAUCGUCUUCAGUGGUGACAAGGUCGAGGAAGUCUAUGAGGCUCUCAACAAGAAUAUCCUCCAAGGUGGAAAUCAGGCUGUGGACGUCGCUGAGUGGACUUACUGGAUGAACGAUGCAACGUUCGAUACUGAGAAGCCGGUUAUCGUUAUCUACCUCGUUCAAGAAGGUGUCACUGCCGUUGAUGCCAAAUAUACCACCCCUUUCCACGACAUCGGUCCCCUCGCUGCCACACCUCAGGCCGGUACCUAUAAGGAUCUCGCAAAGUGGACUGGUAUCGCUCUUGACUCACCUCCAUGCCAAGACUUUGGCUUCAAUAACCCCCGCUUUCCCAUCUACAUAUCUACUUACAACGUCACUGCACAGCGAAAGGCUUGGGACCUCUACGCUUCAGCUAUCUCUGGUGAUGACAACCCAUACUACAACUCCAUCUUCAUGUUCGAAGACUACGCCAGUGCCGCUGUGCGCGAGCGUAGCAACGAUGCUACCGCAUACGGCUUCCGUAACGAGCGCAUUCUUGCCGCGCCACUCAUUAUCUACAACUCUACUGGCAAGGCACAGGACGAUGCUGUCAAGGUGCUUGGCACACAACUUCGUGACCUCAUCCGUGAGGGCACAGGAUCGGAGGAGCUACAUACUUAUGUCAACUAUGCGUAUGGUAACGAGGGACCGGAGAGUUGGUAUGGUUAUGAGAGUUGGAGGCAGGAGAAGCUCAAGGCGCUCAAGAAGAAGUAUGAUCCCAAGGGCCAGUUUAGCUUCUACGCGCCCAUCGCAUAA